UUUUUCAUUUUAGCCAAUCUAGUGGGUAUACAGUAAUUUCUUAUUGUACUUUAAAUUUGCAUUUCCUGGUUCUUCCUGUGCCACCUGGGCCAGCACCAUGGUGAAGCUGAGCAAAGGGGCCAAGCAGAAGCUGCAGCAGCUCUUCAAGGGCAGCCAGUUUGCCAUUAGAUGGGGCUUUAUUCCUCUCAUGAUUUACCUGGGAUUUAAGAGGGGUGCAAGUCCUGGAAUGUCUGAACCCAUUGUUUUGAGCUUACUCUGGGGAUAAAGGACU